AUGGAGGACGCUGACCCCCUUCCACCCGCACCCGCACACGCACCCCCCUCCCAACCCACCAAUCCCAGCCCCAACCCCCUCAACCCAUCGCCAGUGCGGAUCCUCGUCCAAACACUAACCCACCUCGUCCCCUCCGACAAGAAAAUCUGGAAGCCAGAGCGCAACCCCGGCAGCGACAAGGUCAUCUCCAUGCUACACCGCAUGUGCCAGCACGUGUGGGGGUGCGCCUUUGAUCCCGAGCGGUAUCACCGCUGGUACACGUACGGCGAGGAGCAUCUAGGGUACAACAGCCGGGCGUGCUUUUUCCUCAUCGAUACCGGGACGGCCGAGGACGAUGAGCAGGUCCCGGUCCUUGCGUUCGAGUGGACGGGUGCUGAGUUCAAACCAAGACCAGACAUCCUGCAAUCCAGCGAUGUGGUGGAGGAACUCAAACACACGCCCUUCACGCCUCGACCGCGCUCACCGGGCAGGAAAGAACGGCCGGUCAAGAAACGGGUGCGGGAUAUGCUGCGCGCUGCGGAGCGGGUCCCCGAUGCGCAGCUCGAGUAUAUUCAGCAGCAUCCGGAGGAUAUGGAGUGGUUGAAGCAGAAGCUUAGACCGAGGUUCUAUGCGAACUUGCUGGCGCAGAUUGAGGCGCGGCCGGGGGAGAGGGAGGAGGAUGAGAGGGAUGCAGAGCGGCUUUCGGCGGAGGAGCCGGGGGUUUACCCUGUUUAUCGGGGUCAUGACAGCGAAAACCCGAUGAAUUACAUCGAACAUCCCUUUAAUGAAAACCACCGAGUACAGCCAAACCCCCUACGACCGACACCCACAAAGCCCAUACUCCCUCUUAAACGUGCCCAUCCCCCGACACUGCCUACAAGUCCGAUAGUUCUCCCCACGCCCAAAUCCCCCCGUACCUCUGCACCCCUUGCAGCGCACAAACUCAUACGCCUGCCCAGUCCCGCGGCACUCGACGCAGUCCGGGUCCGGCCUUUUCUCGCGGCCCCGGCCGACGGACUUGGUGCUGCUGGCGCUGCUGCUGCUGCUGCUGUUGCUGGUUGUGGUGUUGGUGCGGGCGGGGCGCUUGCUGAAGAGGGCCAUGGUGUCUAUCUGUAG